UGGAAGGCCAACUACAAAAAAACAGCAAAAACUGAAUUGUUUUUUGAACUUUUCUAAAAAAAUAAUUGGUGAAACAAAAAAUAUAGAAUUUUGGAACCCCUCUUUUUUACCUUUUAAGCUUCAUGUUGUUAACGUCAUCAAAUUUGUGGUUUACGUGAAGAACACGUGUAUUUGUUACACUUUUAAACGCAGCAAAAUAAAAGAAAAUUUGACGGCUCUUUGUUAUUUUGUUCCAAGUUUCUUAGAGGUUGAAAAAAAUAUCAUGAAGUUAAGGAUAUGCAAUGCAUACAUUUUGGUUACGCUUUCAAUUUUGUUUUCUGCAAUAGCAGAAGAAGGGUUAAUAUUGUUAGAUGAUAGUUCUUUCGAACAUUUAACUCAAGCUGCAACAGGUGCCACAACAGGAGAUUGGCUAGUUUUUAUGACGCCUAGUGUUGCGGAUUGUAUCAGUUGUGGAAAAAUCGAAAAAGAACUUCUUCAAAUCAAAGAAAAAUAUCAAACAACAAUGAGUGUCGCAAAGUUAAAUCCAGAUGCUAAAAUUACGCUUCGAAGAUUCCAAGUAAAUAAACCAACCAUUAUGCUGUUUCGCCGGGGUUACCAAUGGACAUACAAAGGCAAGGAAACAGCAUCUAGUAUUAGUGAUUACAUAGAAAAAGGACAUCUUUCUGAUAAAUAUAAAACAGUUGCAAAACCAUUGGACUGGUUCGAUGUCUGGCAAGAAGAUUUUAUUGAAGAGUUAAAAAUGUCGUAUAAAUUAAAACGUCUUCCAAGCACUCACAGUCUUGUUGUAUUAAGUGUUGGGGUUUGCUUUUCUUUGAUUGUUCUUUUUCUUGCAUGUGCGCCAAAGAAAAAACACGAAAAACGAAAAUAAAUAUUUCUAUAAUACUUUUUUUUCUUAAGUUUUAUUUAAUUUCUUCAAAUUUGCGUGUGUUCGUAUAUAUUAUAUGAGUUAUACUGGAUUAGACUUCAUCUGGUAUAUAUACGGCUGGAUAUUGCUCUAAAAUAUUAUUUAUUGUCAAGUUA